GCCUCAGCUUUCCCCCCAUGGUGACUUCCGUCUGAUACCGCCGGUACCAUCGUUAGCUGGGACCUGGCGAAGCCGGAAACUUCGUGCAGUGACGGUAUCGCUUCGAUAUGAGGAGGUGCAGCUAGCCGAAGGAUAGUCAGCCGCAGCAGAGCGCUACAGUGCUUCGAUAGGAUAGAGUUUAGUGCACUAGCCGCGCUACCAGACCAGCCGCCCAUCUCGGUGUCCGGGCAACAUCACUAGCGCUGGCCCCAGGAUGCGACUGCCUGGUGCUGGCUCGGCCAGCAGGAAGUUUCUGCUGGGCAGCAUACUUUGCCUUUUAUGGAUAAAAUUACCCGACCAGCCCGUCAGCGCCUCGGUGGAAACGGAAAUCAUGGAAAAGUGGGCCGACAACUUUGGGGAAGAGCUGUGGGAGCUGGCACAAACGAUGACAAAGGCGAUGGAAAUUACGGCGAAAUACAAAGCUUACAAUGCUCGGGUCGAGCACAAGGAUGGUACGGCGCUGAUCAAGUCCAUCGUCGAGAACGUGGGUUUGAUGUUUAUCCGCAAAAUGGACGCGAUCAAAUGCAUCAUCAACCAAGCGGAGUACAUGUCGGAACGGUUUAGCUACAAUGAAACGAUGGCCGAAACCUUCGAGUAUUACUCCAGCAAGUACUCGAAUAUCGAUGGCCGACCGGAACCAGAAAUACCGGAGACGCUACAGGAGAACCAGUGGAUGUACCGCAACAUGUCACUCAACUCGGACACGCACUUCUUCAACAUCUCCGUCAACACGGACUACAGCUCGGUGCACGUGCCGCAGAACGUGUACGAUCGCUACCCGUGGGUGCUGGAGGCCCUCCAGUGGUCCGAGUCGCUGGACGAGGUGUUCAUGCAGAACUACCAGUCUGAUCCGGCCCUAUCGUGGCAGUACUUUGGCUCGUACACGGGCAUGUUGCGCCACUACCCGGCCCUCGAGUGGAACCGCGAGCACGUGGAUACGUUCGACUGUCGGAAGCGCUCGUGGUACAUCGAAACGGCCACCUGCUCGAAGGACAUCGUGAUACUGCUCGAUAAUUCCGGCUCGAUGACGGGCUACCGAAACUACAUCGCGCAGCUAACCGUGAAGAGCAUACUGGACACUUUUUCGAAUAACGAUUUUAUAAACAUUUACAAAUACUCGAACGAUGUGGAUCCCCUAAUUCCGUGCUUUCAGGACAUGUUGGUUCAAGCCACACCGGAGAACAUGCGCUUCUUCAACGAGUACGUCCGAGAGCUGCUACCGGAGGGGUAUGCCAAUGUGAAGAAGGCUUUCAUUGCGGCGUUCGAACUGCUGCAGAAGUACCGUGAAAUUCGUCGCUGCAACGAAUCGGUAAGUGGCUGCAACCAGGCCAUCAUGCUCAUCACCGACGGAGUGCCAAGUAACAUCACGGAGGUAUUUGAGGCGUACAAUUGGUACGAGAACGGUACCAAGAUACCGGUGCGUGUCUUCACCUAUCUGCUUGGCCGCGAAGUGACCAAGGUGCGCGAGAUCCAGUGGAUGGCCUGCCUGAACCGGGGCUACUACUCGCACAUUCAAUCGCUGGACGAGGUACAAGAGGAGGUGCUGAAGUAUGUAAGCGUGAUAGCGACCCCGCUGGUGCUGCAGGGUGUCGAGCAUCCACCGACCUGGACACACGCCUUCACCGACACCGCCGAAAAUCUUCUAACGGAGGCCCAUGAAGAUGAGCCUCCGCGGCUCAUGAUAGCCGUCGGUGCGCCAGCAUACGAUCGAAAGGCCAACCACUACAAUGAAACACGAACGGCCCGUUUGCUCGGUGUGGCCGGCACAGACAUUCCCGUCGAGGAUCUGGACGAGCUGACGUUACCGUACAAGCUGGGCGUCAACGGGUACUCGUUCAUUGUCAGCAACAACGGGUACGUCCUGAUGCAUCCGGAUCUGCGUCCCGUUUACAACGGCCGGUUGAAGGAGAACUACAACAGUAUCGACCUGACCGAGAUCGAGCAGAUAUACGAUGAAAACAUUACGCGCCAGGUCGAAGAUAUGACGGGGCGUGAGAUGAGUCCGCUGAUACUGGAACUGCGGCAGCAUCUGGUCGACUCGAAGUUUGGCAACAUGACCAAGCUGCCGGUGCGCUUCCACUACGACAAAAUGCGACGGGUUUCGCUAGAAUACCAGGACUACUACUACGCCCCGCUGGAAAAUACUCCGUUCUCGCUGGGCCUGGUACUGCCGCACGAUUACGGCAGUACCUGGAUAAAGGUGGGCGACGAGAUCAAGCGCAACCAGCACAUGGGUAUCAACAUUUCCGACUUCUUCGUCGGCGACAACUGGAAGGUUCAUCCGGAGUGGGUCUACUGUAAGUACCACUACCUCGAAGGACACGAGUUUAAGACGCCCGAGGACGAACUGAGCCACUUUCUGGUGCGACUGUACGAGCCAACGUGGAAGUUUUCGCAACAAUACGAACCGGAACCGGAGGAUUUUGAUCAGGAUUCCGAUGAACCCAACUGUGGCCGCAAAACGCUCGAUGACGAUGCGUACUACUGCAACAAGGAACUGGUGCAGCUACUGAUCUUCGACGCCAAAGUAACCAACAACAGUUACAGCAAGUGGGAGUUUGAGGACGACCAUAAGCGCAAGAUCAUCGAGAUGUACAAUGCAACGCUUCGGUUUGUGGCCACCAUGAGCGGGCUCACCCGGUGGCAGUUUAUCUUCGGUGAGGUCGAGGUGGACACGGACAGCGAGUUUGGCGAUUACCACCAGAAGGCGAUCGACGAAACGUGGUACAGGAGUGCCAUCCUGCAGCAUAAGAUCGACCCAAAGAGCUUUGUGUACUCGGUGCCGCACGAAUCGGACCCACCUGAAGACGGCGAGCUGAAGGUGACGGCCAGCAUGGCAAUCUUCCCGCGCGACGGUGGUCUGGAGGCGCCCGGCUGUGUGACGGGCUUUCAGUUUUCACACUCGCUCAUGUACGAUCGGUUCAUGGAGAUCACUUCAAAAACGACGUGCGACGGCUGCAUUGAGACGUGUGCCUCCGAUUCCCGGGAUUGCUACGUGAUCGACAAUAACGGAUACGUGGUGUUGUCGAAAACCGCGAACCACACGGGCAUGUUUUUUGGCGAGAUCGAAGGCUCUAUUAUGCAGUCGAUGGUGGACAAGGAGAUCUUCAUCAUGAUCUCCGUGUUCGAUCUGCAAGGACUGUGCGAGCACGAGAAAGUUGUCGAAAACGAUGCCAUGGCGUUGAUGCACCCGGUAAAGCUGGUGAUGCUAGGACUGAAGUGGCUGAUUGCGGAAGUAGCUAUCAUGUUGUCCCGGGCUGACUUUUGGGUGCACGGCAUACCUAGUCACGAUUACGGUGGACACGAGUACGAGGAUUACGACGAGGCACGCCCUGCCAAGCCGAAGAAAAUACACGUCGAUGAAGAGGAGGAAUACUUCAACCGACCGAAAGAGAUCAAAACCGAUAUCGUAUACGAGCCGUGUGAUAAGAAGGCCAAUCUGUACGUGAUGCAGCAGGACAAGUUUAUCAAGGGUGAAGGAUUUUUCUACGAACCUCCUCCGCCAUCGCUGGAUAGUCUUCUGUACCCACCGUACUUUGCCAAGCGGAUUCCCCGGUCCAAUCUGCUGAUGAUCAUCGUGGAGAACGAGUAUCAGGCAGAGAAAGUGAUCCUCUCCGCGGCACCGGAGGUGAUCUACCACAACGAUACCGACGGUUUGCCGUGCGUGAAGACUAAACUCAACUUUCUUCCCCGCCGACGUUUGGAAGAGUGCUACACGGAGCACCCAGACGAGGAACGGGUGGCCCAGUGUGGCAGAGGAUCCCGCCUAGCUAUUCAACUGACUGUAGUGAUAUCGACUCUUGUGUCACUGUUGUUAUCUCGAUGUGCCCAAACUCUAGUCCAAUUUUAAGUAGUUCAACCCGUAGAAGUCUGAAGAAGGUUUUUGUACUAAUGCCGUGAACGGACACUGUGACGCACACGAACUGUGUUUGUUGGAGAGCAUGCACCUCGCGUGAAGUUUGUGAUUUUUUUAGCACUUCAACCUAACGAAACCACCCCAACGUUGGUUUCGUUCUGGUUCUGAUGAGGCAGUCCUGGAACCGUAGCUGAUGCUGGAAUGUUACCCAAACAAACCCGACGAAAACCCUCGCUCUUGCCCAGGGAGCCU